AUGUCUGCCGUCUCGACGUCAGUCAAUAAUCCCCAAGGCCAAGGAAUCAGACAGUCCGCCCGUCAGACACGUACAAACCCGUCUCGAACCUCCAAAACCAUCGGACGGUCGUCUUUCGCGUUCGGUCGAGGCUCGACAGCUGAAAUUCCUUCUACGCCCCCUGUUCCCCACGGCUUUUAUCCUGCACUCACGCAUUUCACCGAUGCUAUAACGGCGCUUCCGCGCGAGUUCCGUCGCCACAACUCCCUUCUCAAGGAAGUUGACGCGAAGGCGUGGGCUCUCGAGGAAAAUUUGCUGCAGUUACUCCAGUUCUCCUCCCAGUCGCAGCCCGUUCCUCACCCUCCCCACCCAGCGCCUAUCGUCGGGGGUGUGGUUAGGGAGGAUGUUUUGCCCAAGGAGCUAUCUCAGUCACCGGAAUCGCCCGAGAGCAAAAGCCGCCGGCUUCUUUUCGAUCGUGUACGUCAAAGCCUCUCGGACCUGAUGAUGACCGCCGAUGAGAAGAAUCACGUCAUUUCGAACGCGAACGAGGAAUUAGAUCGCCAAGUUGUCCGACUGGAUACGGUUUUCCCAUACAUUGCAGGCGAGAUCAGCGAGGAGGCUCGCCUGGGCAGCCUGACACACUGGGCGUACUCGAACAAAAGUACCGCGAAGGCAGCGACUAACGAACGCCCGCGCCGGGAAGCGGUUGCGCAAAGACAGGAUCUGUCGCACGUGCUUCAAGAGGCUGAAGCUGCCAGUCGCAGUGAGGCGCGGCGCGAUGCUGUUCUCGCACGGAAGCAACGUCGGGCACAAGCUGAUGCGGACUAUGAGGAUACACGCAGCUCGGGCGCCCGCAAGACAAAUACUGCUAAAUCUCGAGGCGGAGAUAACGCAGCUGACCCGAGCGCUGCACCCAAGCGUCGGAAGGUGGAACGACCGCUACCGGUAGACACUAGUGUUCCAAUGGAGCGCUCUGCUAGCGGGGCUGUGAGCCAGAGAGCUGCGAAUAAAGACCCAGCAGAGAAGAAGCGGUCUCGCGCUCCCAAUCAGGCUACUACUGCACGCAAGAAGGCCAACGCUUCCAAUGCUGCAUCGCCCGUUCUGGCCCCAUCGCCUUUGAUUGGAACAUUCAAUGGACCGCGGGGUGCCGCCAGUCCAGGACCAACCACAACAAGGCCACAGUCCUCACGAGCCCAGAACUCUGGUCCUACAGGCAAUUCGCGCGCGCGGCCAUCAUCCUCGGCUUCGAACCUGCCCAACAACAGUAUGCCGUUUCAACCACCCUUCCCGGAACUAUCAAUUAACCAGAUCCCCAACGCAGACAAAAUUGCCGAUUCCAGGUCCACAACCCGGGACGGACCCAUCAAAAACGAACUUGUCCAUGCAGACACACAUCGUGAUUAUGAAGCCGAUGCCAAUGGUAGAACCUCCGUUUCAGCGGGAUCUAAGCGCGAGGAUCGGGAUGGAAAAGCCGGUUCUGUUGAGGUCGAGACGACCAAGGGACGCAAUUCCAAGACAUCUACCCCUAUCCUCCCCGCAUUUACAGAGCCCAGCCAACAAAACGCACGGCCCACUCGAAGUCGAGACCCGGCUUCUACUAAACGAACCCAGAAAAAGCCCAUCCCACAGCCUGCAAUACCCUCCGACGAUGAGUCGCUCCACGAGGGCGACGACGAAGAUGAAGAGGGUGAGCCCCGCUACUGUUACUGUAAUGAAAUCAGUUUCGGCGAGAUGGUUGCUUGCGAUAAUGACGCCUGUCCGCGUGAAUGGUUCCAUCUGUCGUGUGUGGGCUUGACGAAACCGCCUGGGAAGAAUGUUAAAUGGUAUUGUAACGAGUGCAAGGAAAAUAUGAGACGGAGUCGCAAUGGGCGGUAA